CAGAGAACGACGAAAGAGAUUCAGGCGGUGGAGAAAGAUCUGCUUUGUACCGUACCAUAAGUUCGUUCCAGUUGUAUUGGAGGAGGGAACGGGAUGAAUUUUUGUUGUGUUGCGAAGGGAAAAGACCAUGAAUUCGAGCUGAAGCAAGCACACAAGGGAGAAGAAACAGGGAAACAGCACUAGAGCAGAAGCCCGGAGGAGGCGAGGCGAGAUUUGACCGAACGAACAAGUGAAGAAGGAUGGAUGUAUACACAGCAAGAAAGGAAGGAUGAGAAUGACGGAGAAGGUUUUGUGAAGCGAGCACGAGCGUCGAGUGAUGGAGGAACUGUGAGGACAUGAAAUGAAAUGAGUACUCGAGAAUUAUACAAUACUGUAGUGGUGGGGGAGCGAAGUGCAGGCGUGAACGGUGUGAUGGUGAUGCCCAUAGUGAACAUUGCAAGACUACAAAUCUGGUGUGCCUGAGAAUUGCGCAUUUUUCUAAGCCAAUUUUGUCUCGUGGAAAACCCUAGAAGUGAAAGGUUUUGGUGACAAGAGGAGUGUUGUGGAGAUGGUGAUCGAGGACUCGACGCUGAAUUGCUGGAUUUCUCGGCCUGCCAUUGAUCUGGCUCGAUCCGGGGCUUGCGCUUUGAGAUUUUAAGACCCCAUCUCGAGUGCUGGUCUUGUGAUUUUGUUUGCUUGGUCAGUCGGUCGGUCUUCCGGUCUUGAGCGAAGUCAUGGCUGGUCGAGAAGUCCGGGAGUACACAAAUCUAAGUGAUCCAAAAGAUAAGAAAUGGGGUGGCAAAGGUGGCAAGGAUAAAACUGACGAUGAGGACCUCGCUUUCAAACGAAUGGUGGCAAAGGUUAGUGAACCGGGCCUGUUGAACUAAGUGGUUAAGCGGUUAGAUUAUUCAAUCUAAGAUUAUUAUUAAGGUCGCGGGUGUCCAUUUGCAAAAUACCUGGCUUAUGUUUGUCCGUUGAUAGCUAAAGGUCACCUGGUGUUUGUCAAAAGUUGUGGAUACCAUGUGGCGGGCCUUGAGGCUCCUGUAUGUUGUCUGAGAACUUGCCCUGACAGGGAAUCUGGCGCGGCACCUCGGAUAUGAAUUUGAAAGCAGAUGCAGGAGGUAGCCGGUGAACGUGGGGGUUAUCUUCAUGGACGAGGCGCACUCGACAGUGAUGACUUGCUGUAUCUGAAGGAGCAAAUGGAGGCUGAAGAGGAUGCCGAGCGCUUGCGACGCAGGACAGAGAAGCGUGCUUUUGCUGCUUUCAAAAAGGCGGCGAGCCUUGCAGAUGCAUCUCCACUACCUGCUAUACCACCUAUCAGAGUGGAGCCAAGACCGAGGAGCGGAAUACGUCAACAUGAUUUGCUGAAGAGUAUAGUUGAGGUGAAACCAAAGCGGCAUCGCAUCUCGGGACUUUCGGAAGGAGCUGCUCAAAAUAUCGAAGUAAGACCAAGCUCAUCGAGUCCUAUAGUAAAGUCUAGGUUGAGAGGAUUUGACUCAACCAACACAGACGGUUCUCUUGAACCCUUGGCAACAGAAACAGUGAAUGGGAGCGGUCUUCUAGGUUUGGCAUAUGAGACAUCGGAUGAUGAUGAGGAAAGUAGCGUAGAAGUGCCGAAGAGGUAAGACAUGAAUGUCGGAAAAUCUACUUCUGUAUUAAGAGUUUAAGAUGGUCGAUUUCUACGUUGGUUCUAUUGGAAUUUGGGGAUGUAUGGACUUUGUCAACACUGUCCAUGAGAAGUCAAGAUUCGUUCUUUGAAAUUUUGAAGUCACUUAAUUUCACUAUGUAAAGAAACCGGGAUCUAGUUUUUAGAGUCAAGUAUGUCUGAGAUGCGCGUUGUUACAAAGAUUCAAA